AUAGCGGGAUUCAACAGAAAUAAGUUCUUACUAUUUCAGUUGUGAAAAUCGACGGGAAUUAUAACAGAUUCUUCACUGUUUACUUGCAGAGAAAGAAACAAAAAAAAAAAUCACAGAAUCGCUCUCUUGCUUUGUAUACUUCAAAGGUUCGUUUCCAUGGAAGACAACAGAGAGGAAGACUCAGAGAGGAGACGCAACUUCAUUGAUAUGUACAAGUUUGAGCUCGGUUUUCGCAAGAGCUACCAAGAAAAACUCGAAACUGCAAUGGAGAAAUUGGAAGCUUUAAAGAAAGAGUUUAAAGAAACUGAAGACGAUCUCAAAUAUCUUACCACUACUCGUGUGGAAAGGAUUGGAGAAAUUGUGAAACCUCUAGACAAAAAACGAUUUAUUGUGAAAGGAAACGAUGGAGGUCGUUACGUAGUGAACUGCUGUAACAAAGUGGAUCAAUCAAAGCUAGUUUCCGGAACCAGAGUUACUCUUGAGAAAAAAUCGUUGACGAUCAUGAGAAUUCUCCCUCCUAUGGUUAAUCCAUUGGUUUAUAAUAUGGUGUAUCGUGGCGAUGUUAGAUACUCAGAUCUUGGCGGUUUAUCUAAACAAAUCAGAGAUCUAAGAGAUUACAUUGAACUUCCUCUCACAAAUCCUGAAGUUUUUCAACGAGUUGGUGUCAAGCUUCCCAAGGGAGUACUUCUUUAUGGACCUCCUGGAACUGGAAAGACACUGUUAGCUAGAGCAAUUGCUAGCAACAUCGAUUCGACUUUUAUGACGGUUGUUUCUAGCGCGCUUUUAAGCAAAUACUUGGGAGAUAGUUCAUUGUUAGUGAGAGAGAUGUUUAGAUAUGCUCGAGAUCAUCAACCUUGUAUCAUCUUUAUGGAUGAGAUUGAUGCUAUUGGUAGACGUCGUGGAUCAAGUGAAGGAGAAGUAAAAACUAGUGAAUGUGAUAGAGUACUCAUUGAGCUUCUUUCUCAACUUGAUGGAUUCAAUGAACUUGAUAAGGUGAAAGUAAUAAUGGCAACAAAUAGGCCUGAUGUUCUUGACCCUGCGCUUCUUCGGCCUGGUAGAAUCGAUAAGAAGAUAGAGAUUCCAUUGCCUAAUGGAGAUUCUAGAAUGAGAAUCCUCAAGAUUCAUGCUUCUGGUAUAACUAAACAUGGAGAUAUCGAUUACGAUAAAGUUGUGAAACUAUCUGAGGGUUUCAAUGGAGCAGAUAUGCGUAACAUAUGUACUGAAGCAGGGAUGUUAGCUAUACGUGCAGAGCGUGAUUACGUUGUUCCAAACGAUUUUAUCAAUGCUGUAACAAAACUAGGCGAAGCGAAGAAACUUGAGUCCAGUGCACAGUACAAUGCCGAUUUUCGGAAAGAGUAAAGAUCGAAACAUACAGACGAAGGGAUAAAGAUGACUAACAAAUUCAUCAAAAGAAGAAGCAUAGAUCGAUUUAGAUGGCUCGAGACUUUGUUCUGUUUUUUUUUAUUGUAAGUCAGUUUGAAUCAUCAUUGGCUUCUCUUUGCAUUGAUUCAUCUGAGGAAUCUCCAAAUUCGUCUC